AACAUAGCAAUGGAUGUUGCAUGGCUUGGAACAAUGCUUCUUGUGCUUAUAUCCUGCAUAUUAAUAUUUUCCAAUUGGAAAACAUUGUGCCAGAAACGUAAUCUUCCCCCAGGUCCUACUCCUCUACCUUUAAUUGGAAACUUAAUGAAUAUAAACAAAGGACAACUGGUUUCUUCUCUUAUGAAGCUGUGGGAACAGUAUGGAGCUGUAUAUACAUUGUACUUUGGCACACAACCUAUUGUUGUUCUUUGCGGCUAUGAUGUAGUCAACGAAGCACUUGUUAAUCAAGCUGAAGAUUUUGGAGCUCGUGGAAAAAUGACUACUUUUGAUAAAGUUUCCCAGGGCUAUGGAAUCAGUUUUAGCAAUGGAGAACGUUGGAGGCAAAUGCGCCACUUCACUUUGAAGACCCUGAGGAACUAUGGAAUGGGAAAGAAAAGUAUAGAACAGAAGAUUCAGGAGGAGGCUCAUUUCUUAGCUGAGGAAUUUAGAAAGUCUGGAGAAAUUCCAAUUGAUCUAUCAAAGCAUUUAAUGGAUGCUGUGUCUAAUAUAUUAUGUUCCAUUAUGUUUGGAAAUCGGUUUGAGUACAACAAUGAGAGUUUUACAGUGCUGCUUGCCAAAGUGGAUGAGAUGUUCAACCUUAUGAGCGACACAUGGAGUCAGGUUGAAACCAUUCUUCCCAACUUAAUGGCAUACAUCCCAGGACCGCAUAAGAAAAGAAAUGCCCUUGAAGAAGAACUGAUAUCAUUCUUACAUAACAAAGUGAAGGCAAACCAAGAGACAUUUGAUCCUAGCUAUUCUAGAGAUUUCAUUGAUGAAUUCCUGAUAAAAAUAGAGCAGGAAAAAAAUAAUUCCAAUUCCGAAUUUACAAUGAGGAACACAUUACUGACAUUUUUCAGCCUUUUUCUUGGAGGAACAGAGACAUCUACAACCACUCUGAAGCAUGGGCUGCUACUGAUGAUCAAGUAUCCUGAUAUACAAGCUAAGCUUCAUAUGGAAAUUGAUCGUGUUGUUGGAAGAGACAGAAUGGCUAAUAUGAGUGAUCACAAUGCAAUGCCCUAUAUGGAGGCUGUAAUAAAUGAAAUCCAACGAUUCAGUGACAUCAUCCCUAUGAAUGCUCCACGCAAAGUCACUAAGGAUGUACAGUUUAGACUUAGAGGGUAUACCAUCCCCGAGGGCACAAAAAUCUACCCAUUGCUCUGUACUGUCCAUCGUGAUCCCAAGUACUUCUGCACUCCAUACACAUUUAAUCCUAGCCACUUUUUGGAUGAACAAGGCAGAUUCAGGAGAAAUGAUGCAAUGAUGGCAUUCUCAGCAGGUAAACGGAUCUGCCCAGGAAAGAGCCUUACUCGCAUGGAACUCUUUCUCUUCUUUUCCACCAUUCUACAAAACUUCACUCUCACCUCACCAACACAUUUUACUGAGGAUGAUGUAGCCCCAAAAAUGACAGGGUUUUUAAACCAUCCUAUUAAAUAUAAGGUCUCAUUUAUUGCUCGCUAAUCAAUCCAUGUUUUGCUUUCUGAUCUCCAGUACUUAGAUAAUACAGCUGUAUACAGUUUGAUUACAGACUUUUGCCAUACUUUAUAGUGUAUAGUCUUUUAGAAGAUAGAAACCCCCUUGCCAGGUUCUAUAAUGUUUUACUGAAAUUUACCACCUGUGGAUCCAUAUAAUGCAUAGGAUUCUGCAGCUUUUAUUCAUCUUACAUCUUCUGUAAUUUGCAGUUAUUCUGGGGUCAGAUAUUGUCAAAAGAUAUCUGUAUUUCAUAUUUGAUGAAUGUUAAUUUCAUGAUGAUGAUGAAUAAGUUUUGCAUAUAGCAAUUUCUGUUUACAAAAUUAAUAUUUUCUAUUACAAAAUGAAUACUAUUAAGUUGGCUAGAAUGCCAGCAUGUCAUGCUUGACAAAGGAGU